AUGCAGCAGUCGCCUUUUGAAAACAUUUUCAACAUUAUUGGCUUGUCGGAGAGCAAUGAAAAACCAAUGAAACAUGGAUUCUACAAUGCCUUUGCGUUGUUUGUUUUGGCAAUAUGUUGUGCAGCAGUUUACGUUUUAUUCCUCAUAUUGGAACCCUUCUUCAAACCAUUAUUUUGGGCCUUGCUUGUAGGUUCUUUACUUCAUCCCUUUAAAUACAAAUUAUCGAAAAAGAUCAAGUCUUGGUUUGAAGAACUAGACAAAACCAAUUCUAGUGUUGUUGUUCGAUUAUUGGUUAUUCCAAUAAAUGUCAUUAAUUGCUCUUCUGAUUUAGUAGGCUAUCAAUUUAGGGAACAUUACAAGGCUAUAUUGGGUCUUCUGUCAGCAAUAUUUAUCUUGCCUUGGAUAUACAAUUCAAUACCACGGAGUCUGGGAUGUUUAUUUUGGCAAAUUGUAAAUUUUAUAAGCUUUUCUACCACACUACUUAUAAACUUGUGUACAUCAUAUAUUACACUCACAAUAGCAUUGGCAUACAUCAUUAGUGUAUAUAUUCUAUGGAGCCCAGAACGAGCAGGAAUAUUCAAAGCCACAUCCCAUGUUCUAUGGCUGGUGAUAGCAAGUUUCCUUGCUAAUUUGGCAGGAGCUUAUAAAGUUUAUAUGUUUGUAAUACUGCAGAUAUUUUUUGCAACUGGUUUUAUAUUAGAAGUGUCAUAUCUGCACAAACAAAUGAUUUUAAAAGAUCCAGAAGCAUCUAUUAUUUCAGCAAUUCAUGGUGUGUUAACUAAUACACAAUGCAUUCAAACCAAUCACAAACUUGAAGAUACAAUUCCCGAAGUGGACAGUGAAAAGGAAUCAACCCCAGACAAAGAUUCUCCGUCCCCAGUCACACCAGAUACCGUUAAACGGGGAAGCUGGACGAAUGAAGCGGUGCAGAGCUCACCCCGACACGCCAAAAUGUUAUUCAAAACGAGGACAUUAUCAGCCUUGCCACUAUCAAAUACAAAACCUAGAAGCGCCUUCGAAAAUCGACUUAUAUCCUCUUUUAAACAGAGGUCUCUAGACGAAAAUUACAUACGAAACAAUUUUUCCGACGACGAAACAGCGUUGUACUUCAAACUCUUAUUCUUUGGUUGUUUCUGCAUGCUUAUAUGGAAACAUAUCUGGUUGCUACCCAUAACCUUGAUAUUUCUGGCCAUCCAUGUUAUUAAGAACCUUCUAAAUUUCUUUGGGGUUUGGCUGUUCUUUGAAAACCAUUAUAAUAAUUCAAUGGUAAAAUUAAGUAGCUGGUGGAAUAACAGACAGUCAGCCCUCGUGCCUGGUGAAAUCCGUGGAAUUCGUAAAAUUAUGUCAAUUUGCAAUCAAAGUGUAAUCGAAAUGGCUUACGAUUCUAUUGACACUGUGUCAUCUUGCAUCGUUAUUGUGGGACUUAUACUUUUCAUGAUUAUAGCGAUCGUCUUUAUAUGUCUACAGAUAUAUUCAGAAGCAAUAGUUGUAAUCCAGCUGAGUGGGAGCUUGUUGAAUAGCACCUUUGUGCAGAACAGCGUCCUCCAUGCGUAUCUUCCUGAUGGUUGGGAAGAUAAACUGGAUUCGCUGAUCGAUAACGCCUACACUUAUGGCCGCGAAGGGAUAUCUACUGGUGUAAAAAGCAUUCUCAAAGAAGGCGAUCCAGAAAAAAUAGCCAGGGUAGAGCAACAAGUGUUAGAGAUUUGGGAUCGUGUAUACCAAAGCUGGGUAUCCGGUCACUUCGCAGCGACCGUGGGCCCACAAGUGGACGCGUCAGCCGUCCAAAACUCUUGGGAUAAUCUAGUCAGCGAUUUUACGCAGGUUCCCGGACUAUUCGACAUCACUGGUAUUGUGGCCUGGGUCCAAGCCAACGUCGGGACAUUGAGUGCUAUUGCGAGUGGCAUUUGGGCUCCGAUGGCAUCCAACGUCUCUUUACUCGCCGGUUCCAUUGGUGCGUUCACGUCGCUACUCUUCAGCGGAGGAGGAGCUAUCAUCAGCAUGAUCAUCAAUUUGGUGGUGUUCUUUACGACGUUGUUUUAUCUACUGGCGUCUAGCAACGCUCUCUACAAGCCAGUCGAAGUGAUAACUCGCGUGCAACCAAAUUUCGGACCUCGGUUAGGCAUUGCCCUCUCUGUAGCCAUUAACCAGGUGUUUAGGGCGUCGUUCAAAAUGGCGUUAUUUUACGGACUGUGGACCUGGCUCAUUCACAACUUGUUUGGUGCCAAAGUUGUGUAUUUACCUUCAGUCAGAAUAAACUUUACUAGCUGCCACCAUGCUGAGUGGUCCUGUCUCAAUAAUGUCCCCAGUGACAUUACCUACACGUGUUCAGCUCUCAGGGGCAAUGAUUUCACCCUUCACUUAAAAGAUUAUUACACAGACCACAUACUCAGCUUAACGGUGCAGAAUUGCCGUGAUCUAAGAGUGGUACUGGAUUGUCCCUUAUUGCAAAGAGCAUCGCGACUACAACAGUUCCGGGUUAAAGACUGCGAUCGGUUGGAGUUUAUCGCACUGUCAAGUACUUCCUUGCUACAGACUCCUCCAACUGUGAUCAUAGAAAAUGUACGAGAAAUCAUCGCAUUUCCAAGGAAUAUUUUCAAAUCGCCAACAUCUAGUACAGAGCUCAAAUGUUCUGGAGGACCUUUGACCAAAUUAAGGGUUGUUAAUAGUAAAAUUAACUCCAUUUGUACGAAGGCUUUCGUAAAUGUGAACGGUAUGAAAAUUAUCGAGUUCGAAAACACCACAAUUGCUAGUAUCCAAAGUCAAGGUCUAGAAGCGGUUAUGGGCAAUGAUAACACUGAAUUUAAUAUGAUUAAUAGCAGAAUCGACAACUUAGAAUACAAAGGUAUCCAAGUGCAGGCGACGACUGUGAAACUCUCGUACAAUUCGUUCAGUGAAAUAAGAUCGAAUGGGAUUAAUAUUACAACAGAGAAUUUAUUUAUUACUGGGAACAAUUUCAAGGAAAUAAAUGCUAACGGCAUCAACGCUAACGCACUGAACAUCGAUAUCGUCGGCAAUACCAUAGCGUAUCUAAAAAGCAACGCGCUCACUGGAUUACGAUGCAAGAAGCGGUCGGUAAAGAAACAAGUUAACUUCUCGAAGAAUAAGAUCGAACGCGUCGAGCCGUACUCCCUCUUCUUUGACUACGGAAGUUGUAAAAGUGUUGACACCCAAAUCACAUUUCGCGAGAACAAGAUCGACUGCAAGUGUCGUAAUAUCGCAUUUCUGAACUCGCCCUCCAACGGAUGUACAGAGUUAAAUGGUUUGAUAUUAAACAUAGCUAAUAACAAUACAUGUUUCCUAGCGCCGUGUAUAUUGCCGAUAGAUAUCGUUAAGCUAUUACAAGAAAGCGAUAUGUGCCACUUGAACCUUGACCCACAAGUUAUGUGUUUGCUGUAUUACGAUAAGCGUUCUAAUAAUACUCACGCCGAAGUGACCACUGACGAAGAAGUGACCGAACCGGCUCCUACGUUCUAUUUGAUACGGCAGGCCAAUUCGUUAGCCGGAGACGCAAGCGCAGCUAUGACGGCUAUUGACAAAGACGAUCUAUUACGGGAUAGCCAUUUGAACAUGACGAAUCGAACCACUAUUAAAGUCGUCUUUGACUCGUCUAGGGACUUCGUUGAGACGCUGAGGAGUACGGGCAAGUCGCGGAAUAGGCAAGAGGAGAAAUCGCCGCCCAGCGAGGAAUACGUAAACAAAUGCGUCGGCAGCCAUUGUAGGAAUAACGCGUACGAUAAGCAAAAGGCGUUGGAUUUCUACAAAUACUUUUUGACUUUAUUGCCCCUCUCAAUAUCGACUAGAGUACUGGCUGCCGUGCUGGGCGCUGCGCCGUUUUUAGGGCCUUACUUGGCCGGAAUCCCUGCAGCUCUUGAUGUGUGGCUUCAAGGCAGGCCCAUGGCGGCCAUAAUGCUUCCUAUUGCGCAGGCGGCUCCAAUAGCGUUUCUCGAUGCCGCCGUGUACGCGGAAAUUAAAGAUGGCGGUCACCCAUAUGUCACCGGCCUAGCUAUCGCUGGAGGUAUAUUCUACUUGGGUCCAGAGGGCGCCAUCUUAGGUCCACUCUUACUGUGCUGUCUUAUGGUCGUACUCAACCUGUCUUCCACCUUCCUAAGAGAUACGCCGGCGGAGGAGAGAGCAGCUUUGCAUUCCCGCGUCAGAUAUGGUGCUUAUCUUUAA